AUGCGUGAUAAAGAGCAAAUAUACGGUAAUGAGGUUCUAGUCAAAACUACAUCAAAUGUAGUUAGGGACAUGACAUCACUGAAGUCUCUGAUGCCUUAUUGUCCUGUUGACCAAGAGAUUCUUAAUCUAGUUAUUGCCCGGCAAAAUUGGUGUUUAAGCACACUAGGAAAUACAAAGUCUAUUUGGUAUAUGCCUACGGAGUUUGCGGUGAUUAACACUACUAAUUGUUGA